UUGAAAGCGCCUGGGAGAAGAAAAAAACCAAACUAUAUUUCAAUAUUGAAGUGUAUAGUGUGAGAUAGUUCACUACUUUCAUUCAUACUCAAUUAUUUGCCAAGUUAUUACUUUGUGAAAUUCCUGACGACUUAGUUUUCCGCACAUCAGUCCGGUUUAUCUGAUAUGUCUUUGGAUGAAAUCGAAAAAUCAGCCACAAAAGCGACUAUGAAACAAUUGCAAGACAGUUGGCAUGAAAUAAGGUAUGAUGAAAUCCAUAAUAAACCGUACCUUAUUGGAAAGAAAGACGAGGUCAGUAGCACAGAAGCAGUUAGUAUACUUUGCAGUAAGAGAGUAAUGAGUUUUGAAGAAUUGAAAAAUCGAGUGGAAGGACCUGGAUAUUCAUCUGUUCUCUUGGGAAUACGCGACAGUGAUUCUACAGUUGUUUUCUACAAAUCUCAGAUGGGUUUGCAUUCUCCCAUAGAGGAGGGAUUAAAUGCUUCAGCCGAAAGUGACGGAAGUUCUGAAAAUUAAAAUUAAUUGGAUAUAGGGGAUUUUCUAGAAAAAUCAUCUGACUGUUUAAUUUGUAUAUUAACUAUUUCUACAUUCUUCUUUUUGAACUAGAACGAAGAUGUGUGUGUCUCCUGCCCCCUCGUGUGAAUGAUUUAUUUAACAUUAAUUUGCAUGUUUUCAUAAAAACAGAAAGUUUGGUGAUUUGAUUAAAAGGAAAAAUAAAUUUUUAUUUCAGUGUUCA